AUGGAGAAGUUUAUGCUAUGCACAUUAAUGUUGUUUGUCACGACAGGAUUUGUUCAUGUAAACGGUAAAAUUCUCUAUUUGGGUUCUAAAUGCUCACAAACAAGGAACACAACUGGUAAUUAUAAUACCAUCUACCAAACAAACCUUAAAACCCUUUUAGAUUCACUAGCCCACAACUCACCUCUUCAAGGAGGAUUCAUGAAUACCACCAUUGGAACUGGUUCUAAUCAAGUUUAUGGUCUUGCAUGGUGUCGAGCAGAUGUUUCUCCUACCACAUGCUCAAAGUGUUUGAACGAAUCCAUUCGUGUACCUCUAAGAGAUUGUCCCCGAAAGCAAAGGCUUGGUGAUAUGGUCGAGUCUUCAUCAUCCGGCUAUGGUAGACACACACUUGAUGAAGCUUCAGUGUUUUCAAGAGGGUUUUCGAUGAUGGAAGCAUUAGGAAGAAAUGUUUCUGAUCGAGCAUUGAUGUUUGAUAUUGGUGUUAUUGAUGUUGGGAAUGAUGGGAAGAGAUACGGGUUGGGUCAGUGUAGUCAAGAUUUGAGCAAGUUUGAUUGUGAAAAGUGUUUGGAGAAGCUUCUAAUGAUUUAUAAAAGGUUUGUAUUGAAUCGGACUGGGUGGGAGAUGUUGGGAGUGAGUUGUGGUUUGUGGUAUGAUGAUGUUAAGUUCUCUGACAACGAUUCAGAGUUGACUACUUGA